AUGUCUGCCAACGACUUUUACUCUUCCGGCGAGCAAGGCCAAAGAUCUGACAACAACUACCAAUCCGACCCAAACCAGCAACAGCAGGGCGGUGAAGAAGGUGGUGACAGAGGCCUUUUGGCCACCAUUGGUGGUGCUGCUGUCGGUGGCUACGGUGGUGGUAAGAUGUCUGGAAACCACUCUACUUUGGGUAAGAUUGGCGGUGCCAUUGCCGGUGCUUGGGGUGCCAACAAGCUUGAGGACAAGUGGGAGGACAGAAAGGAGGAGAAGAAGUACGAGCAGCAACACAGCCAGAGCUACGGUCGUAAUGACUACGGUCCUCCAGGUGGCGGCCCACCACCAGGCAACCACGGCCGCAAUGACAACUACGGCGGUGGUCGUAAUGACUACGGUCCUUCAGGCGGCCAGGGUGGCUACGGCAACCAGGGUGGCUACGGCAACCAGGGCGGCCAGGGUGGCUACGGCAACCAGGGCGGCUACGGCAACCAGGGCGGCUACGGCAACCAGGGCGGCCAGGGUGGCUACGGCAACCAAGGCGGCAGAUGGUAA